CCGGUUUUGUCUCCAGAGCGCUGGGAUUAAAGGUGUGCACCUCUGAGCCUGUGGCCUCUAGAGCUUCUUUCGCCCUUAUCCACUCCUCGCCGGCUCCCUCCUCCUUUCCAUACACCGAAUCAAGCUCAUCUAUACGCUUCCUGUAUGCUCAGGCCAAAAUCCGUAGUCUCAGAGUUCAAGUAGUCUCAGAGUUCAAGACUCUGCACUUGCAAAGAUAAACUACUUCGAGAUUUGAAAACUAAAAACCGGGAGGGUUUCAGACAGUCGGUUACGUGGCUUUGAAGCCAGUCACCCGCUCGACACCAGGUGGUGAGGCCUCUAACAAUCGGCCACUCAGAGAAGACGUCCUGUUAGCUGCGAAUUUAUUUGGAGCUCAUUGGUUCAUGUCUCUGUCAGUCACACGGGGGCCUGGACAUGGCGGUCGCCGGCAGCUGGCAGCCUCCCCGGCCUUGCGAGGUCUACCGCGCCGAGUGGGAGCUCUGCCGCAGCGCUGGCCACAUCCUACAUCACUACUACGUCCACGGCGAGCGGCCCGACUGCAGGCAGUGGCUGCGCGACCUGGCCAGCUGCCGCGAAUGGGAGGAGAGUCACAGCCCCCGGGCCCAGCGAUCCCUCUGUGAGAGUGAGCAGGCCCGGGUCCAGGCUGCUCGGAAGCACACCCUGGUAUGGGCCCUGAGGCAGAAGCCCCCUGCAGACUGGAACCUCCCUCUACCACUGGAGAAGGACAAGUGAUGAGGGACGAGCAACUGUUGCCCUGGACUUGGACUAGCUUCCACCUGACCUGGAACACAGAGGAAGACAUUUCCAGGCCUGACUGCCAUUGUCCAUCUGUCCCCGGGCGUCUCACCACUGGAACACUCUGAAAGACACCUGUGUCCACAAUGGCAGGAAGCCAAGCCCUGUGGCAAGUACCUGUGAGCAGCCUAGCUGGUCCAUCUUGUCCAUGCCACCACCCCUGAGAACAGCCACGCCAGAGGUGGCAGUCCUAAUGUGUGAGACUCUCAGGUAUACAGUGGCAGCCCUGCCCUGUGUGGGCACGUGGCACAGUAGUCAGAACAAGGUUGCUAAAUGGCUCUGCUGCACAUGGCUCUCUUUGACCAUGAGAAAUGGACCUCGACGGCUUGGGUUUGCUGAUUACCGUAUUAUCCAAGCAUGGAGCUCUUACUUGCUCGGCUGCCCUGGAGAUACAGUAGAACGUGCUUAGUGGCAGGGCAACUUGCCCCUCUGCACCAGCACCUUUUACUGGUUUUUGCAGACUUUUAAAAAGAAAUACACAUGGUCUUGCAGGAACCACAGAAUCUGGGGUCAAGAAAUCCAAGUCACUAAAAAAAAAGAAAGAAGUUCAAGUCCAAGGAAUAUGGGAUUUAGGUCUUCUGAUUUCUCCUCAUCGUUCAUGUAUUAAAAAGUGUUUCACAUGUUCGAUUCCAAAAGCAACCUGAAAAUUAAAGACACGUUUGUUACACUUUGUA